UGAACGCACCUCAUCCAGAUUCCAAGUCGAAACCAUCUUGCACUAUUUCAACUUUACAACCCAAUCAAUCGAAUUUCUAUAGGAUCUUACUCUUUUCAAUCAACUUUAACCGGUCAUGGUCACUUUAACCAAUGGAAAACGAUCAAAGACACAGAAGACCACCUCCGAAAAGUCGCAUAAAGAUUCCAUGAAAUCAUUACCAGACAAAGAAUCAUCAGAAUCUUCAUCAAGUCAAGAUUCAGAUUCAGAUAAAGAAAACGAAAAUGGAAAUGGAGAUGAAGAACCACAACCACAAGAAUCAUUUGCAGAUAGAUUAAAGAUAUUAAAAAUCAAUCAUGAUACACCAGACCAAUCAUCAAACCAAACCCAUCUAAGAAUCCCAGUGAACUCAUUGGCUCAAACUUUAAUCCAAGCCUUAAAUUCAUCUGAUCAUCAAUUAUUAGAAACUUGUUUGAUUCAAUCUAACAAACAAUUAAUCUCAAAUACGAUUCAAAGGAUUCCUACGGGACUUGUACAUCAUCUCAUUGAACAUUUGAUCAUCGGUUUAAAUAAAAAGAGAGGUGGUGCUGGUGAAGGUUCAACCGUUUCGAGUGUACGUAGAACUAGAACUUUAAUCGAAUGGGUUAGACAACUCUUAUUGGUUCAUAUGUCAUAUCUAAUCACAAUCCCAGAACUAGUUUCAAAGCUCACAAUCCUUCAUAGUUCAUUACAAAAACGUUUAAACCUACACACAAAAUUACUUUCUCUUAAUGGACGUCUAGACCUGAUCUUAAACCAAAUCGAACGUAACAAAUCUGGUAAUCCUCAACUCGAACUUGGUCUUCCAUCAAACAAAGAAUCUUUUAACAGUACUAAGAUUUCUAAACCUAAUACGACUAAAGCCAAACAAAAAUCACUUAAACCUCCCGUAAAGUAUGUAGAGGGUGAAAGUACUGAUGAUGAAGAUGAAGAUGAAGUGAUGGAUCCUAAGAAAUCUCAAGAUGGUUCAGAUGAAGAUUCGGAAGAUGAUGGUAGUAUAGAAGAUGUAGUGCUCGGUAGCGAAUCUGGUUCAGAUGAUGAGGACGGUAGUAGUGAUGAAGACGAUCUUCCUCAACGUAAAGCUCGUGGAAAAGUAUCAGUUUCAGAGGGUUUGUUUGAUUUAGAGGCUGAGCUAAGUGGAAGCGAGGAGGACGAGGAUGAUGAGGAUGAUGAGGAUGACCAAGAUGAGGAUGAUGAAGAUAUGGCAGAUUUUAUUGAUGAUGGAUCAGGUGACGAAAGUGAUGAAAGUGAUUGAUAGUUUGUCUUUAUCUUUUCUAUCAGUAAACUUGUUGGGAUGGAUUCGUACUAUGUUCAUGCAAGCAGUUCUUGAAGAUGAAAUUAUGAAAAAGUACAUUGGGUUUAUCCGUC